GGCAUAUUACGAUAAUGUUUUGGGUAAAAGAAUAGUCAACCCAGUAUGAGCAUAGAAUGAGAAAUUUCACUUGUGUUAACGAAUCUGUGUAAUAUAGUCUACAUUUAUCAACAAAAGGAGCUAGGAUUAUGCUUAGCCGCAUUGUACAGUGAAAAGCUUAAAUUGCAACAGCAAGAAUAUAAGCAGUAUGAGGUAGAAGAUAUUAAAGAAAGCGGAAAGGAUGGCAACUAUGAGCAAGGAAAUAGGUCCAAAAGUACUGGCACAACUUCGGCAUUUCCUUCACGUUCCCACAAGGAAGAAGCAGAAGAGAAAGAAAAAGAGGAAGAGGAAAACUGUGCAGGGUUACAAGCUGCGAAAGACCUGGAAGCAGCUAUGGCACUCUGCCGCGACGACAUUCUUGCUAGUCUUUCUUCUUCCAUUCAACAAGAUAUUAUUCGUCCUAUUGAUGAACUUCAAGCCAUUGUCAAACAAAUUCAGAACACUAUUGUCAAACGAAAUCGUAAACAGGUAGAUUAUGAUCGAUACCGUCAACAAUUGAAUAAGUUACUUCUUAACCACAAUACCAAGUAUUCAAUGAGUCAUCAAGAACAUACGUCAUAUAAACAACAACAUCAAUGGCAAAAAGAACAGCUGCAGUAUAAUCACGAUGAAAAGCUCAUCUUUAAAGUACAAGCACAAUUAGAAACAGCCACAGUCGAAUAUGAUACACUCAAUCAAUCUCUCAAAGAUCAACUACCCAUUUUCUUUCAUUUUUUUCAAUAUCAGGUGAUUCAACCAAUCUUUGAAAGGUUAUAUACUCUUCAACACGCUUUUUAUUAUACACUUUCUACUUACUGGGAUGAUCUGAUGUUAGCUAAUGAAAAUUACUUUACUACCCAAAAAAUGUCAGAAGACGAAAUAACAAAACAAUUAGCGACAUUGGAGAUAUUCUGCUUGGAUAAAACAUCAUCUUCUAAAAUCUUGAAUUCCACAAGAAAAAGUAGUGGUAAUACAAUGAAGAAUAGAUUAUCGGAUCAUUGGAGAAGCAACAAGCGUAGUAAUAAUGAUAUACUCGUAAAUAAAUACAACAACAAUAAUAGCAACGAUUCUUUAUCCAGGCAUUCUCAUUUACAACAAGAGCAGCAGCAGCAAGCCGACAUCAAGGCGACCACUGAUAUAACAAAACCUGUAGCUCCUCUUAAAAGUUCUUCAGCAACUGCUGUUGGGUCGGUGACAGUACCUACAGACUCUUCUCAUUAUGCAACUGCAUUACAUAAUUUUGAAGGCUUGACAGACGAUGAUUUGUCAUUCAAGAUAGGCGAUAGGAUAAAGCUUCUUCAUUGGACGGAAAAGGAAGACGAUUGGUGGAUAGGCCAAUUGGGACAAACUGUUGGUGUUUUUCCAGGUUCCUAUGUCACCUAUUAAAAAAAACCAAUAGUAUGUAAAGAGCUUUGAAAUUGACGAAUGAACAACUAUAAAUGAAAAGGACAGCAAACCUGAAUUCUGUUGCAGAGUGG